AUGGCGGUCGGGGUCCACGUGCCCCUCCGUUUCUUACGAGCAGCGCUCAAGCGUGGAGUCGCAAUCCUCAAAGAGCACCUCCCCACGCAACCCCACACCACCUCAAAACUCGUCCUCGAACCUGCCCUCGCCCGCCUCCCCCGGCCCCAACCCGGCCCCGCACGCAUAAGGAUCAGCAUCCGCUCCUACACUACCACCACCCACAAGCCGCAGAAUGCCACCACGCACCUCCGCACCCCCGUCCGCCGCGGCCUAGUCAGGCACACCGCCACCACCCCCUUCGCAUCCACCCUCCGCCCCAAGCUCGUCGGCGGCGUCCUCCCCCGCUCAGCAAGCGGCUACUCCCUCGGCGGCUCCGCCCGCUACUUCUCUCACACCCCCGCGGCCCCCGCACAGGUCCUCCAACAGGUCUCUGCCGCCAUGCGCGCCUUCGUCUACAACGGCGCCAACAAGCGCCCCAACAACACCAAUGGCAAUAUCGGCGUCCGUGCCCGUCUCGCCAGCGCCGUCAUGGAGGGCGCGCCAGGCGCAUACGUCGACUUCCACCUCGCGCCAACCUUCACCCGCCUCUCCCCACUCAACAAGAGUGGUAACAGCCUCCAGGCCGCCGGGUUCGUCGACACCCUCGGUGCCGACUUUGGCGCCAUGGUUGGUGGCAUCACGGCCGUGUAUGCGGACGUGCAGAGACUUGCGCAGUUGGGCGAUCUGCCCGUGACUGUUGCGGGCCCUGCGGGCGAUGUGUUGAGGGUGCAUUUCAAGGGGUGUGAUAGCGAGUUUGUGGAGCGGAUAUGCAACGACUUUGGCGUCUUGAGGGGCGUGGUGCAUGAGGAUGAGAGGUUCGCGUUCUCGCCCGUCGAGGCGUAUCCGAUUGGCAACAGCUGGAGGGAUAUGCUGAGCGAUGACCCGCCGGAGGAGUCGGCGUACUCGGAGGAUGGGUAUGAUGACGACGAUAUUGGGCUGGUCUCGGGCAGCGAGAGUGGAGGAGGGAGCGAGUACUUUUAUGAGCUCGAGAGAGGCGUCGUCGUGGGCACGCCUGAUGCGUCGGCGUUUGAGGAUGGGGGGAGCUCCGGGUACGAUGAGUAUGAAGCGGGAAUCUUGCGGUUCCUGGCGGACCAUGAUGAGUAUAGGAGCGUGAGCUUGUAG